AUGGCUCGUGUUAGAACUAAAACUGUUAAAAGAGCUUCAAAAGUCUUAAUUGAAAGAUUUUAUCCAAAAUUAACUUUAGAUUUCGAAACCAACAAAAGAUUAGCUGAUGAAAUCGCUGUUAUCCAAUCAAAAAGAUUAAGAAACAAAAUCGCUGGUUACACCACCCAUUUAAUGAAAAGAAUUCAAAAAGGUCCAGUUAGAGGUAUUUCUUUCAAAUUACAAGAAGAAGAAAGAGAAAGAAAAGAUCAAUACGUUCCAGAAGUUUCUGCUUUAGACUUAUCUCACACCAACGGUCAAUUAGAAGUUGAUUCCGAAACUGCUGAUUUAGUUAAAUCAUUAGGUUUCAAAUUACCAAUUCAAACUGUUUCAAUUUCUUCUCAAAGAGGUCCAAGAAGAUUUGCUAAAAGAAAUUAG